AGACAAUUCUCCUAAGAGAGCUGAGCUGAUUGAGAGCUGUUGAAAGAUGACUGUCAACAUCUGAAAAUGCACAGCUGCUGGGGUUGAAAUACAAACAACAUUAAAGAAGAUCUCCUCUGAGUACCUCCCUUCUGUCUUCUUUGUGGAUGGAAAAUAAGCCCAGCUUUGGUGAGACAGAUUUGCCCUGCCCUCAGCCACGCCAGUUCCCCAUGCUUCUGUGGCUGCUGCUGCUGCUGCUCCUGGCUCCUGGAAGAGAUCAAUCAGACAAGCUGAUCCUUCAGGCUCCACACUCUGUCUUUGAAGGAGAUGAGGUUGUUCUCAGAUGCCAGGCGAGAGAAGAAGCAAAAGAAAUACAUUUUUACAGAAAUGAAUAUCAAAUUCAACCAAACUUCACUGUAAAGUCAGUCUCCAGGAAUGAUGACAAAUAUCACUGUUCUGCUCUUAUGAGAGGCUUUUGGGGAUGGAAGAAAGAAAAUUCAAAACAUCUAACGAUUCAAGUUCAAGAGCUGUUUCCCCCUCCUAUGCUGAUAGCCAGACCCUCCUCACCCACAGAGGGGAGCCCAGUGACCCUGAAAUGUGAGACGUGGCUCCCUCCACAGAGGUCAGACAUUCAGCUUCGAUUCUGCUUCUUCAGAAAAGACGAGGCUUUGGGGUCAGGCUGGAACAGCUCUCCAGAGCUCGAAUUACCCACUGUGUGGAGUGAAGAUGCGGAGUCUUACUGGUGCCAGGCAGAGACAGUGACUCCACGUAUCAGAAAAAGAAGCUGGAGAUCCCAGUUAUAUGUGCAGAGAAUCCCUGUGUCUGAUGUAGAUCUAGAGAUCCAGCCCCCUGAGGGGCAGCUUACUGAAGGAGAAAAUCUGCUCCUUAUCUGCUCAGUAGCCAAGGGAACAGGGACUGUCACAUUCUCCUGGCACAGAGAGGGCACAGUAAGAAGUUUGGGAAGAAAGACCCAGCGUUCCUUGUCGGCGGAGCUGCAGAUACUCACUGUGAAGGAGAGCGAUGCUGGGAGAUACUACUGUGCCGCUGACAACAUUCACGGUCCCGUCCUCAGUAAACUGGUCAGAGUCACACUGAGCAUUCCAGUAUCUCGCCCUGUCCUCACCCUCACGUCUCCUAGGAUGAAGGCUAUGGUGGGGGAUGUGGUGGAGCUUCACUGUGAGUCCCAAAGUGGCUCUCCUCCUAUCUUGUACCGAUUUUAUCAUGAGAAUGUCACCCUUGGAAGCAGCUCAGUUCCCUCUGGAAGAGCAGCCUUCAAAUUUUCUCUGACUGCGGAACAUUCUGGAAACUACUCCUGUGAGGCUGAGAAUAGCCUGGGGGUCCAGCGCAGUGACAGGGUGAUUCUCAGUGUCACAGUUCCAGUGUCCCAUCCUGUCAUCACCUUCAGUCCUGCUGGGGCCCAGGCUGUGGUGGGAGAUGUGUUAGAGCUUCGCUGUGAGGCCCAAAGAGGCUCUCCCCCAAUCCUGUACUGGUUUUAUUACAAGAAUGUCACGCUGGGGAGCAAAGAGGCCCCCUUUGGAGGAGGAGCAUCCUUCAACCUCACUCUGAUGGCAGAGCAUUCCGGAAACUUCUCUUGUGGGGCUGACAAUGGCCUAGGGGUACAGCACAGUGAGAUGGUGAUACUCAGCAUCAUAGGACCACCCAGUAACGAAACAACCCUUAUCACUGAGGGAGUCACCGCAGGGCUACUGAGCAUCCUUGGCCUCGCUGCUGCUGCUGCUCUGGUGCAUCACUUCAGGACCCAAAGGAGUUCAGAAAGACCUGCUACCACUGGGACACCUAGUUACAGUCCCAGGGAGUUUCAGGAAGCUUCCAGAACCUCCAACACAAAUCCCCAAGAGCCACCGGACCCAGUGCAACUGCAGCCAGUGUAUGACAAUGUGAAUCCUAGAGAUAGCGACCUGGUUUAUUCCGAGAUCUGGAGCACCCAACAUGCAAAAGAAAAUUCAGCAAAUUCACCAAGGAAACAUCAGGAAGAUACAGAGUCCACAGUCAUCUAUUCAGAUGUGAAGAGGGCGUAUCCAGAUGACUCUGCAGGGCAAGCCAGCAUUGGAGAUAGUGACCUUGAAGACGCUGCAGAAAACUAUGAGAACGUUCCAAGCAUAUUAUCAGCCUUAGACCAGUAGCUCUGUACCCACAGUGGCUCAGAGACCCUCUGAAGCAGCUUGUGCCAUUCUCUUAGUUAUCUUCAGCCACACUUCUUCUUUCCCUCCAGUGCUCAGCAUCCCAAAGACUGGACAAUGGGGGACGUGAGACUGUGUGAAAGUUCUGCCAACUUCCUCUGCGCCCAAGUCUGUGUGUUCUCUAGGAACAGAGUGAGCAGCAUUUGAGUGAAUUCUGCAGUCUUUUCACAAUAGGGAUACUUGUAAAUGCAAGGCAGGUAGGCCUUCAGCUCCUAGGCCUGUUAAAGAGAAGGGAAAAGCAGUCUAGCCAGGAUCACAAGGAUGCAGUCAUUGAAAAUUGAUCUGAGAGGGAUCAAAAAACUUUUAGGGUACUGUCUCUACACAAAGAGUUUGUUUGUUCUAAACAUCUUGUUUCCCUUUCCAUUUUUGUUGAUAGUGUCAUUGAUGACAUUCUGGUGCACAUGCGUUGUUCCAGCUACUCACUGCAAAUGACCAAAAAGCUUCAUUCUGUCCACAGAUAUACUAUUUCUUCAUGAAAUAUACAUCAGUGCUAAGAUUUUCAAAAACAACCCAUUCUGUUUAGUGGGCUGCUGCUGCUGCUGCUAAGUCACUCCAGUCUUGUCCAACUCUCUGCGACCCCAUAGACAGCAGCC